AUGGCCGCCCCGGGACCCCGCGCCUGGCGGGUGGCGGUCUGCGGCGGCUGCUGCUGCCUGCUGCUGUGUGCCCAGCUCGCUGCGGCUGGUAAAGGAGCUCGAGGCUUUGGGCGAGGAGCCUUGAUUCGCCUCAACAUCUGGCCUGCUACCCAAAGGGGCUGCAAACAGCUGGAGCACUGUGAGCGCUGUGUGGAGGGGGACAGAGCGCACAACCUCUCCACCUGCGUCUGGCAACAAUGCGGGCCCGAGGAGCCGGGAUACUGUGUGGCCCAAGCCGAGGUGGCCAAGGAGAGCUGCCCUGUGUACAACAGCUCAGAGUCGUGCCCAGCUGCCCACCACCAUCCCACCCAUGAACCGAAGACCGUCACAACAGAGAGCCCCCUUGUUCCCGAAGCCCACAGCCCCGGAUUUGAUGGGGCCAGCUUCAUCGGGGGUGUGGUGCUAGUGCUGAGUCUGCAGGCAACAGCCUUCUUCGUGCUGCGUUUCCUCAAGGCCAAGGACAGCACUUACCAGACACUAAUCUGACUCCCAUGGGCCUGGACUCCACCCGGAAGGGAAGGAGGACUCAGAGGUUGCCCGCUUGGCUGCCUUGUGGGCACUGGGGGUGGGACAAACUUUGGCCACCAGUUCCUGGUCCCUGUGGGCACAGGGUGCCAGGCAGGCCCAGCGCCGAUGGCUGGCGUCCUCUCCUGUCCUGGGUCUGGCACCUGCAGCUGAGUUACCAGCCUUCAACCUCACGGGUCAUCCAGUCAACUGGGCCCCCGGCCUGGUAUCUGAGGUCUACUGCCUCCCCCUACCAACCCAGCCUGGGGUGUGCCCCCAAAUAAAGAAUUCCUUUCCA